AUGGAGUCGGUCGUCGACGAGGCGUUCGAAGUGCAAGUGCUGCAGCCGUUUCACGGCUGGACGUUCGAGCGCUUUUGCGACCGCAGCGGCAACCCCUACCCCGAGCUCACGCGCGCCGCCAUACAUGUCACAGGCCGAGCCGACCGCUUGAACGCCGUGAGGGAAACCCCAACCCUCGAAGUCGGCGCCCUCGAGCCCGCGUCCGACUGGAUGUGGAGCCACGCGUGGAUGGUCGACAGCGAGUACACGCAGUGCGACGACGACGGCUGGACGUACGGCUCGUCCAUGGCCCGGAUGAACGGCCGCCUUGCAGCAGGCACGAGCAAGAGCAAACGGGGCUACUACCACUUGCUGCGGCGGCGGCGGUGGAUCCGCACGCGCGUGCGGACGCCGCCACUGGCGUUCCACAGCAGCAGCAGCAACAACAAAGACGCAAAGAGCAGCAGCAGCAGUUGCAGCGCUGGCGAUCGCCGUAGCAUUGGUGUCGAUGCACCGCUCGUGCCGGACGCGAGCGCGUUGACCCGCGUGGAGGACAAGAGUCGCGCGGUGAUUGGCCGAUCCUAUCGCGUUGCUCAAGGAACGUUCAAAGCGUAUCUGAUGUCGCACGUGGCAGCAAUGGGUCGACCGUCACAGUUUCUGCGCGUGGAGUUCACUGACGAUGAUGUGCAAAAAGAAGGCUGGCUGGGCGUACGAGGGACGCUCGCACGUGGUUGGAAACUGCGCUACUUUUUGCUCCGCUGGGACUCCAGCAGUCUCGUGUGUUUACGGGACCGUGCGUCCAUGGUGCAAGUGAUGGAGGAAUUGAUUGAUCGUCACACGACGUUGCUCGUGGAAGAAGAAGCCAAGCCGCGACAGUUUCAUUUCUCCAUCUGUAAUGGAGACCGUGCGUUGCAAUUGAAUGCCGUGGACGGCACGUCGCGUGCAUCGUGGAUCUCGGCGCUCAGUGAGUUGAUUGUCCGUAGCCGUGCAUCGUUUUUUGCCGCGGACGAGUCGGAAAGUGGCUCGAGGAGUCAAAGUUUUCGACGGAUGCGCUCGUCAACGGACGAAGACGGGUCGGUUGUUGGUUGUCCGUCGAUAGCAAACGACAUACAUGGAGACAGCAGCGGUGCGAAACAAAAGCACGCGCGUGGAGCGUGGAGACCGUACAAGUUCAUUUCAUCGACAAUGCAGUCGAAGCGUAAAACAGACGCGUGUUGUCGCCGUGAGUAUGCAAAACAAUUUAGCGAAGUGCUCAAUGUGAAGACUAAGAUGGCUGCUACGUUUAUAGCUGAAAACAUCGAUAUCCUAGAGGAGAAUCUGUGUUUUGCGCAGGAGUACUUGCCAUCAGCAAUGUCAUCGUUACCAAAGAAAGAGAUCAAGAGAUUGCGGACAGAAGCAGAUGCAACUAUUGAGGCGUUUCGAGCCUGCUCGACUGCGUCACUUGUCUCGGGCUCGACCAGCGUUCUCAAGUGCAACAUGCUGCUGAAAGAGCUGUAUUUGCUCGUCCGCCGACUUCAGGAAAGCGUCAUAUCGCUUGCGCCAUCCCAAGAGCACGCAACGAUCAAGAAGAUUGUAGCUGAUUCGCCAACUAAGCGGCGCAUCCCGGUCGAUUGGUUUACGGAAAGCGUGACGGUGGAAAAGGGACACCAGCAACCCAGUUCGAGUGAAGAGAGCUUACUGUCUACAAGCACAUCAAUCUCGACUGCUGGGAAGCUGGAGCUGUCCUACACGUCGGGCUCUUCGCUUGAGAUGAAGGUACCAAAUGCUGUGAUAUUAUCGAGACACGAGAAGCGAAGUUCGUCUGUUCCCGAGUCGAACCGCUCAACCAGUACUGUUGCUAGCCACCACGGUCAUAGUUUGCGCGCCUCCGAGGCGAUCAGGAUAAAGCCGUAUGCUGAAAUGCCAUCGGCAUUGCGUGAGGGUCAUUUCGACCUCCCUGACGGUGUCAAUGGUUAUGUCGUGAAAGUUCACGAAAAAGAUAUUGGCUCGUUGAUAGGAUACACCCUUUGCUCGACGGCGUACAUUGAGCAGCUGGAGGCGCAUUUUGAAAACAAAGUAAACAUCGCGGAAGAGUUGCUCGCACCUGAAAGUGUCGCUACGAAUAGAAGCGACGCAUCUGUGACAUCAGCACCUCAAAGUGAAGGCCUUGUCAAGGACGUUGCAACGCCAGCAGGUACAACGUCUCCGAGCUCACGUACGUCGACUGCUGCGCCAGCAGCGAUGAGCGUCGACGCGAAGAGAAUGAUUUAUUUGGACAAGUUGCGCUCCGCAGACUUGCAGCACACCUCUAUGAAGUUUUCCUACGCGAUUGGCUCGACGACUCACGAGUUCCAUUGCGUGGCAUACUUUGCAGCACAGUUUCACGCGCUGCGCGCACUCAUAGUUCCGGGCAAUGUGGAGUUUUUGAAUUCUAUCAUCGAGAGCAAGCGGUGGAGCACGACUGGGGGUAAAUCUGGCGCGUUCUUUUCGAUGACUCACGACAAGCGUUACGUACUGAAGGGUAUCUCAGUGACCGAGUUCAACAUGUUUGUUCACAUGGCUCCGAAGUACUUUAAGUUCAUUUCGCGGGUAGUGGAGGUUCCGACGCCGACGGUGAUUACGAAGAUUGUCGGUCUGUUCAAGCUCAGCCAGAGUCGACGAUUGCUGAAGCACACGGAAUACGUGGUCAUCAUGGAGAAUUUUUCGUACGGAUUUCCGCCAGGGCAAAUGUACGAUUUGAAGGGAAUUCUCCGCCGUCGGUACAACCCAUCGAGUCGGGACAACGCGGACCAUCACGAUUUCUUCAACAGCGUCUCGAACGUGCAAGUUUCUGUGAACCAGCCGGUAUUGCUGGACGGCAACUUUUCCGAGCGCACUCCUGUGCCUGUAUCGCAACCAGAGCUAGAGACCAUUGAGGCUGCCAUUCAGAACGACAUUGGCUUUCUCUACCGUGCAGGCGUUAUCGAUUACUCACUGCUGCUUCGCUUUGACGAGGAGAAGCGGCAAGUCGUCGUAGGGCUCAUUGACUAUUUGCACCAGUUUGACUUUCUGAAAAAGAUGGAGUCAACAUCGAAGGCAAGCUUGACUUUCCGUGACCCGACCGUGAUCAGCCCGAUCUCUUACCGCCGUCGAUUCAUGAAUGCCGUGAAUCGCUACUUUGUCGGCAUUGAAAAAGAGCUGGAAAUUCGGAUGCGGAAGCGGUGUGGACACAAGACAAAGCCCGCCAUGUUGUGUGCAAACGAGACCGUCACUGCCUCGUCUGCAGAUGUGGUUGCUAACGCUGCAAGUCCGCCAACUUCCAGGGCUGCGCAUACUGGAGCGGUACGGACAGAUGAGGAGCUGCAUGCAGACGUCGCUGCACGACUCGUCGACAAUAUGUCGCUUACAAGCGAGUGUUCGGUGAUCUCGGAGCAGUCUCCAGUCAAGUCGGAAUGCCACGCGCCGACAUAUGAUAGCGACUGGACAAGCAUGAAACCGCGUGGAUAUUCUGUGUUGCACAUGUGUUAUGACGAAUCCAGUUGCAACGGCGUAUCGGAGAGUGACUGCGAGUGCGAUCAUACCUCGCCGUGCUCGUUGUCCGAGCACGGAUCGGUCAAGAAGAGCUGUUCUGCUACUCCACACAGCAAAAACACAAUCCUGGAGGAGCGCUGCUCAUGA